AUGAAAGUGGCCAAUCACGGUACUGGUCUUCAGUAUUGCCGUGCCGACGCAAAUCCUCACCUCACACCUCCUCUUUCAGUGCGCCGGCUUGCCGCGCCCUUCUAUGCCAAGAAGCUCAGCAUGGCUAUACAUCGGGGAGAGGCCGGUUGUAUUUCUGCAGGGACAACAUUGACCAGUGCCAGAGGAGAUUGGCGUCCACGGACCAUGUCCUGCAGAAGGACUCUAGUCUUCUGCAGAUUGUAUCGAUGUUUCGAAAGCACGGUGGUCGCAGUGGGUUACAAGCGUGUUUCACCUGAUGCCCAUUGGAUGCUGCAAUUUUGUACACCAUAA